AUGACCGACAUCGAAUUAGCGAUUCUACAUGAGAUACCUAACGGUAACGUUCAAUUCAAUACGUUAUACAGUCCUAUGCUGCAAUAUAAUUUGGAUGAAUAUAUACUGACCAAAAUCAAACGUGAGAAAAUUAGAGGUGUUUCAGGAGGAACAGUAAAGAAUUUAGAAAGACCGGGCAUAGAGAUAUCCGCUGCCAUAAAAAUGCUUCGAAAAAAUGCUUCCUUGCAAGAGAAAAAGAAGUUUUUAGAAGAGGCUAGGCUUAUGAAUCACUUCCGACAUAAACAUGUACUAAGAUUGCUGGCCGUCUGCAUAGACGAUUGUUGA